CACCUCUUCUUGUAAUGGCUCUACAGACUAAUUCCAGAUUAAGUGAUGUUGACGAGUACGGCUUUGAACGACCCCCAGACUUCGACUACCAGAACUAUGAGGAAUUCAUGUCGAGGUAUCUGUCCGUCUUGACACGCCGCGCGAGAAAGUGGUCUCACCUCUUGGGAGCGAAGGAGACGGUAGGAAGAGGAAUAAAAGUGAAGCGAUACGUCAGAAAGGGGAUUCCCAUGAAGCAUCGGGGAAAGAUGUGGAUGGAAGUGAGUGGUGGCAGGAGAAAGAUGGAGGCCCACCCAGGCUAUUACAAAAGUUUGCUCGAAGGAAGCUUUGACGAGGAGGUGGUAGAGUCUAUUAAGAUUGAUGUCCCGCGCACUUUCCCUGAUAAUAUUUAUUUCCGAGAUUACAAUGAGGGGAAGCUGACAGACUUAUACAAUGUGCUCGUUGCUUUUGCUCACCACAAUAAGAAGAUAGGAUACUGCCAACAAGAAGCAAUGCCUUUCAUUGAAAUUUGCUCAACAGGGCCAUCAACUCACAUUGCUGGCCCUUUGCUUGAUCACAUUACCGAAAGACGAGGAAAGCACGUUCUGGCUCCUGAAUUUCGGUCGAAGAAUCUGUUGCUCAGUACUAUAUCUGGAAUUGAUUCUUUGCGUUCUCUGUUGACAGACAUAAGUGUUGGAAUCCCUUGUGAAACAGUGUUAAGAAUCUGGGAUUGCCUGUUUUAUGAAGGCAACAAGAUCUUGAUGCGUGUGGCCAUCAUUCUCGUCUUGUCGAAUGAGCAGAAGAUUCUCAUGAGUCAGGAUUUCGGGGACUUCAUGGAAUGCUUUAAGAAGAUUACUAAGGAUGCUGAUGCCAUUGACUGUCAUACAUUUAUGGAAAAUGCUUUCAAAGUAUCUGGAUCCUUUCCUCGAGCACGUUUGGCCAAGUUGCGGGAUGAGUGUAAGGAAGAGGUAAGAGCUGAGAUGAAGAAAUAAUGGACUGAGAUGAUAUGACCGAGAAGGAGAUGAGCAGCGAUGCAUGUCUCUUUGUCUUGUACAUAGACAAGAACUUGAAACCUCAUGUGGUUUAUAUUGUGUUCCAGCCUCCUAUAACUGGUUUGUGAUGAUUGUAAAACCCGCGAGAAGUGGGUAUAUUUGCUGUUGAUUUGUGGAUGAUGUUUUCCAGUGAUUUAAUUUUAGAAGCUUUAUUCCAGACUCUGAUGUUUUGGUCAUUCCAGCAUAAAUUGCUAUAUUUAAUUUACUUAACAUACUGAAGAUUUUUGUGAUACGUAAUAGCUGUAUGUCAUAAAGCUUUAAUUACACUGCCACUUACCUAUAGUUAUAAGAAAGCAGGUGAGAAGUAUUAGAGACUUAAGGUCUUUACUUCUUACAUAUAGCAGGGCAGUUUAUGUUACAGUUACUGUAACACUUAUUGAAAAUAUAGUCAUUAUUAUUAGUGAAAGGAUAUUUAACUGUAGUUGUUGGGGAUAUAUUGACAUUAGUACUUUAAUAUGUUGAUCAUUUUGGAUAUUUAGACAUAGUAAGUAUUAUGCAGGUCAUGCCAGGACAUACGCGGUGAGUCUAGAAAUAAUGCAGUUCUCGG